GUAAACAGCAGCUUCACGAACUGUCCGAUUCCAACCACAAGCGAAGAAAAGUUUUGUAAAUUAUUCUAUUACGUGUGCUGACAAUACACGUCAAAAUGUUCAGAUCUGUUGAAAUCAAGGAAGAACCGGAGCUAUCGCAAACGAAACAAGCAUUUGGUGACUAUGUUUUAGAGGAUAACAUUCAACGCGAAGCUGCUGUUACUUCCGUCUACACAGAUGGUCCGGAAAAGGACGAACUAUGUCCACCGUUAUUAUCGCACGUCGAACGAAAUCAUGGAGACAACAUUGUCGAAAGUGUUCCAGGAGAUACAGUUGCGAUUGAAAUGAAGGUGGAAGAAGAACUGAUUGGUACAACGGCAAACAACAUUGAUGAAGUUGAUUGCAGAAUUGCGGCAGAAAAUAAUGUCGCUGAAAACAGUGAAAAGAUGAACGUAGAUGUUGCUAAUAGCACUGAUGAUAUUGGUCUUGCAAACCCUACCAAAUGUGUCAUCUGUGACCAACAGUUUGCUAAGAUGUUUUAUUUUAGACGGCACAUGCAAACACACACCGAGGGAGCACCGUAUCGUUGUGACAUUUGCGGAAAAGGCUACAUCGAGAAGAGUGCUUGGAAGCGGCAUCAGUUUCGUCAUACCGGUCAGCAACCUUUCAAGUGUGACCGUUGCGCGAAAAGUUUCGUUGACGAGUAUCGUCUCAAGCUGCACAUGCGAACUCAUACCGGUGAACAGCUGUUCCGAUGCGAGUUUUGCAAUAAGGGCUAUUCCGUGAAAAGCCUGCUGGUUCGACAUAGGCGAUCUCACACCGGCGAACGGCCGUUCAAAUGUGAGAUAUGUGGAAAAAGUUUUUCUGAUCAACAUUAUCUGGGAAUACACACGAGAGUUCACACUGGAGAUCAGAAGUUCAAGUGCGAAAUUUGUGGCAAAGGAUACAGCUCAAAUUACAAAAUUGCGGCUCACAUGAGGUCUCACACUGGGGAGCGUCCGUACAAAUGCGAUGUCUGUGAUAGAACCUUUGACAGAAUAAACGCACUGCGGUAUCACAGUGUGGUGCACACAACUGAACAGCCUUUCAAGUGUGAUACUUGCGGGAAAACAUUUUCUAUCAUUGCACAGUUCAAGCGACAUCUGAAAACUCAUAGUCAGGAACGCCGCCAUCAAUGCAACGUUUGCGAGAAAGCAUUCAGGGUCAAUUCGUUGCUUGUCCAGCAUAUGCGUUGUCAUACCGGUGAAAAACCGUUCGAAUGUGAAACUUGCGGCUCAUCAUUCAGCUCCGUUAGUGGUCUCAUCGUGCAUCGGAGGUGCCACCUGAAUUCAUCUGAAAAACCGUACGAGUGUGACAUAUGCGGAGCAAAAUUCGCUCUAAGAGGAAACUUCAAGACGCACCGUUUGGUUCAUUCACGCGAAAGGUUCCUGAAAUGUUUUUCAUGUGAUAUACAGUUUCCCACCAACGAGGAGCUCAAGGAACACAAACUCGCUCUUCAUAAAGAAAGACCAUUCAAAUGUACGUUGUGUGAAAAAGCCUUUUUCACCAAUAAGAACCUACGGAAUCAUCAGGUUAUCCAUUCCGGUGAGAAGCACUAUAAAUGCCACAUUUGCGAUAAAAGUUUUGCGCGGUCUAGUAAUCUUAGUCGUCAUGUUAAAUCGCAUACUAGAAUAAUAUCACUCGAGUGCCAAACAUGUGGUAUGAAGUUUUUCCGGAAAGGAGAUCUUUCCAAACAUCGAAAGGAACACACCAAUGAGAAACCGCACUUUAUGCUUGAUUUCCUAUUGUGAAUAAAACGCUUUGAUUUGGAUGCAAUUAA